ACAGGUUAGACACGGUCAGUUACCCACGUGGUGGAGUUUCUUAAUUCUAUUUUAUCAAACAAGUACCUUGCCCUGUUCCAGCUACAUAACCGUGCAUUAUUGCCUGGAUGCUUUUAUGAAUGAGUCUCCAUUAAACAGUUAUCUAUGCACCCUAGUAAUCUUGUUAUCAGUCGCACGCCCCCUUACGCCGGCUCGAAACAGUUUUGAUGAACUCGAUGUAGGAUUAACUGAAGAAACAGGGAAUUGUUAUAUUACUAGACAGAUGUCUUCUACAGAAGAAAAUGCUCCUAAUUCUCAGGAGACGGACAGACAAACCAUACCCAUUGGUUCCACUAGUUUUUCCAUCAAUGUCACCUUCGCCAGAAGCUUUCUAGGAAUCUUCGAGGCUGUCAUCAUACUUUUGUCGCUUAUCUCGUUGAUUUGUGCCGGAGCUGGAGCGAACUUGGCCUGUGAUUACAACUAUGGGUCCAAUUAUGGGUUUUAUGAAUUUGUGGCAGGCUCUGUUUUCAUCACAUACCUCAUCGACUAUGUAAUAUUCAUCAUUAGUAUAGACGAAAAACUCUGUCUGAAACUGGUUCCAUUCUUAUUCUGGCACUUUGUCGUCGGAGCUAUGUUCACUUUGCUAUACCUCAUCGCGUCCAUAGUGAUGGCAGCUCACAUUUGUGGACAAGGGGGGUACGCCGCCGCGACGGUUUUCGGUUUUAUCUCCACGGUGGUGAUGGGGAUCCAUACCUAUUUUUGUCUGCUUUCUCUCCGUCACGACCACGCACCCACAGACAACAAAGUCCUUAAUAUGCUGGGAGUCCCCCAAGAAAACAGCGCGUCAUCACAAAGCCCACAGUACGACCCGGAGAAUUUAGGAGAAUCCUCCAAGUAUUGAAAUGUAAUCGAUAUGAUACAUGAAUAAAAAAAAAAAAAAAGAGCUAUUGCUAAAUAACUGAUUUUUCCUUUCUCCUGGCGAAAAUAACGUAAUACUAUUGUGUAUUGGAUAUAUCCGACAGCUGACUGUGUGUUAUGUGAAGAAAUUGUCAAUUUACAUGUAAAUAUCAAUAUUUAUGUUGUGUAUUGGAUAUAUCCGACAGCUGACUGUGUGUUAUGUGAAGAAAUUGUCAAUUUACAUGUAAAUAUCAAUAUUUAUGUUGUGUAUUGGAUAUAUCCGACAGCUGACUGUGUGUUAUGUGAAGAAAUUGUCAAUUUACAUGUAAAUAUCAAUAUUUAUGUUGUGUAUUGGAUAUAUCCGACAGCUGACUGUGUGUUAUGUGAAGAAAUUGUCAAUUUACAUGUAAAUAUCAAUAUUUAGGUUCGGAUGUCGACGUAUUGCUAUCACAUUUAUUUGUUUUUAAAAAUUUCGAAUCAAUAUUUUCUUUUCUGCUUGUACUCUUACGCCCUAGAACCUGUUUCGACGCCUAAGCAUGUGCUUUGUUGACAUUAUAUAUAUCUUUGACAUGAUCAAUGUUAGUUGAUUGUGCGGUAGGACCGCCAAGAAGGAAUAGGAAUUUUCAUGAAUUUUAUCUUCUGUCUUAUUGGGGUUUUUUUUUUCUGUAAUGGUAUUAACGAUAUUUACCAUGUACGUACAUGUAUAUACAGUGUACCAUGUACAAAUGUACAAGAAACACAAAGAUAAAAGGUUUGUAUGAAAAUUAAAGCUAGAGUGAAUGAGUGAAUUAGUUGCUAUAAUAGUAUACCUCUUAUCUAUUUGUGAUGUAGAUUUCAUAUGCGGAGAUAUCAUUUUCAACCUGAAUUUCUUGUCUAUAUAUUUUUUCUUUUUAGUAGAGUGAAUGCAAAAUUAUAUGUUUCGCACAAAAAAAUACAAGGAAAUAUCGAAUUUCAUGUGUAUUUCUGAGAGAAUUGUAUCAAUAAAUACGCCUACACAU